GGGCAACUGGAACGUUCGCGUUACGUUACGACGGAUCGUGGUCGCGCGCCUAGCGGUACGACGGCAGCCGUUCUAGUACGCUGGGCGGGUUGCAUGUAUCGCGGGGAGACGCGCGACCGUAUAUAAGCACCGGACGCUGGAAUUUCGGCGGUUUCGUCGCUUCUUCCCGGCGCUCUGCGAACGUUCGGGUGUCGCGAGGAUAAAAUCGAGAUGAUUCGUCGAGCGUUGCUCUUCUAUCUCUUCUGCGCUCGGCUCUCGAUCGAUUGUUCGUUCGUCGAAGACAGCGUUCGCGUUGGAGCCGCGAGCUCGGUAACGAACCGAUCGCGUGGAUGGAUCGUCGACGACCACGUGGACCGUGCUUCAGCGUCCAAUGGGACCGAGGGAACGUCGGCAGAGUCGUUCGAGACGAUCGAAAGGACCAACACCGCGAAGAUCGUUUGGCAGAAGGAGGAGGAGGAGGAGGCCGUCCCCGUGAUUUCUGGGCCUCGCGCGUGCGGGACCAGCGCGAAGAGCCUGAGCAGGCUCGUGGGCGGGCAACCGGCCGGUCCCACGGAGUGGCCCUGGAUGGCGGCUCUUCUCAGAAAAGACGAGAGCCGUUACUGCGGCGGCGUUCUCAUCACCGACCGACACGUUUUGACGGCGGCCCAUUGCGUCUACCGGCACGCUCCCAGAGACAUCAAAGUGAGACUCGGCGAGUACGACUUCUCCGCUGCACCGGAGGACAGCAGAGCUUCGGACUUCGCGGUGUCCGAGAUCCGGGUCCAUCGAUACUUCGACCGCGUUCUGUACGAGAACGACAUAGCGAUAGCGAAGCUGCUCCGACCGACCGUGUUCGACGAGCACAUUUGGCCCGUCUGCCUGCCACCGAUCGACCAGACCUUCGAGAACGAGGACGCCGUUGUCACGGGUUCGUUGGAAACGGGCGUUUCCGCUAUCUCGAAGAUCUACCACCGUCGGAUCUGUCGAUCUGAAAACGUUGGAACUCGCGAUCCUCUUGUUUCAGGCUGGGGGACCAGUUACUACGGAGGCCCGGCUAGUUCGGUUCUGAUGGAAGUCGCCGUUCCGAUAUGGCCGCGGAAUCUGUGCGCUCGCAGCUUCGUCCGAAGGAUUCCGGAGACGAUGAUGUGCGCGGGCGCGUACGAGGGAGGCCGGGACGCCUGUCAGGGCGACUCGGGUGGACCGCUCCUGCAUCGACUCGCCAACGGCAGAUGGGUCAACGCCGGGAUAGUGUCUUGGGGGAUCAGAUGCGGCGAACCGGGACGUCCUGGCGUCUACACCAGAGUGAACGCCUAUCUCGACUGGAUAUUCGAGAACGCGGUCUUCUGAGUGGUCGCGGCGAGCCGAGGGACCGCGAGCAGCCGCGAGGAUUCCAAAAACGACGAAACUUUAUUUCCGAAAUAUCGAUCGUUACAUUCUUAAAAGAGAUUGACACGAAUAGAGAGAAAUUUCGUCGCGUUGCGACUAUUUCGUUA